AUGGCUGUCUCCACUGGGCUGCUUUCCCUUUCUGAGGCGGCUCAGGGCGAGAGGUUCGCCGCCUUUGUCCUCCGCUCGUUUGUCCGGCCGGUCUCUUCUUCAUCUCCGGUACAUGGUGCUUUCUCCCUUUUGGUGGCUUUCGGUAGAUGCCGCUUCCGCCUUGAGGAGUCAUUUGUUGCGCAGUCCCUCAGUGCUAUCCUCGGAGGACCUGUGGACUCCUUCAAUGUGUGCUUGGUGGAAGAGAGGAUUUUUCUCUUCUCUGUUUCUUGCAAAGAGACUGGCUUCGAAAUUUACAAGCUGAGGGCCUUCAAAUGUGUGGAGUUUGAGCUGUUCUUCCAGCUUUUCAACGAUUCUGGUCUCUCUUUUCUUGGUCCCAUAUUAGCUGUUCACUGGUUUUUCCUUGGGAAGAAGUUGGCAAGAAACCUUCAUAUGCUGAGCUGUUCAGAAGCCGCCCCUCUCGGGUGCUAA